ACUACAAGUUCCAGGAGGCUUGGCGGCUCGGGGGCGGAUGAGCGUCUCUGAGGAGGCAUCUUCCCCCCUCCCUGAGCGAUUGUUGAAGGAGGGUGACGGAAGCCGCGCUGUGGAGUCGGGAGGGGUGUGUGUGUGUGUAUAUGUUGGCAGGAGGAUGGGAGUUGAGAGACCAUGAUGGAUAACCGUUUUGCCACUGCACUGGUAAUUGCCUGCGUGCUGAGCCUUAUCUCCACUAUCUACCUAGCAGCUUCAAUUGGCACAGACUUCUGGUAUGAGUAUCGCAACUCAUCGCCUCCAGAAAAUAACAGUGAAACCAAGGCCAAUUGGGAUGAAUUCAUUGGUGAAUAUGCAGAUGAAAAGACUUACACAGACGCUCUUUUUCGAUGGAAUGGCACCAUUGGACUGUGGAGGAGAUGUAUCACGAUGGCUGAAAACUCUCACUGGUACAACUCACAAGGCCUAAAUCAAGAUGGGGAGGAUGGAAAGCCUGGCACCCACAAAGAUGCCCCACGUUGUCCUGGUCCUGUACAACCUUCUGAAACAUCUGAACCUGAAUCUUUGUCACAAGAAUUCUCCUGUGAGAUGGUCACAAAGUGUGUCAGUUUUUCCCUUUCGGACCAAUUUAUGGAAAAAUAUAAGGAACCUGGGAAUCAUAAUAGUGGCAGUGAUCUGAACCGGACGUAUCUUUGGCGUUUGCAGAUCCUCUUGCCCUUUGUCAGCCUAGGUCUGAUGUGCUUUGGGGCUCUGAUUGGCCUUUGUGCAUGUGCCUGUCGUACUCUCUACCCUGCCAUUGCCACAGGAGUGCUCCACUUCCUAGCAGGUUUGUGCACACUGGGUUCAGUUGGCUGCUAUGUAGCUGGAAUUGAGCUCCUCCACCAGAAGUUACCCCUUCCUGGUAGUGUGCAAGGCCAGUUUGGCUGGUCCUUCUGCUUGGCCUGCGUCUCAGCACCUUUGCAGUUCAUGGCUGCUGCCCUCUUCAUCUGGGCUGCACGUACUAACAGGAAGGAAUUCACACUCUUGAAAGCAUACCGCGUGGCAUAACAGGGUAUUUUAAUUCCCCUUCCCUGUUUUAUUUUUAUUUCCAUGUUACACUAUUUCUUGCCCAAUUACUUCCUUGCUCUUCCUUCUUAUCAGUCACUUAUCCGUUCCACAGAAUGCAAGCUUCUUGUCACAAAGUUAAAUAGCCUAGAGGUUUUAAAGUGAAAAGAUCACGGAGACUGAAUCAUCAGGAACAGCUUUUUCCUUGCCAGAGGUCUGCAGGAUUUAAACAAACUUUUAAUCUUUUUUUUUUUAAUACUUUUGAUGACAUGUGUUUAAUUAUGCCAAUGUCCUGCUUCUUUUCUCAAAUCUAAACCUGAUCUGUAAAAACAGUUAACAGAGGAUAGGGUCAUAGAAGAGAAGGAGAAACUGAUUUUGAUGACAUGAAUGUUGGCAGUGCAACAUAAGGAAUUAAACCUGGCCAACUUUUUAAAAUAAAUGUAACUAUGGAAUUUUCAGAGAGACUGUGACAUAGAUCUGUUUUCUCCUCCUACACCUAUUAUUGUGUUCCCAUCAAUCUUUUCUUGUCUGAUUGUUGUAAAAAGGUGGAUAGCAGCCAUGGGUUUCCAGAUGCCCUUGAAAUGAUGUCAGAAUUGUUUCUUUCUCCUUGUUGAAGGAGCAUCCAUUACAUGGUUUAAUUUCCUAAUUUGAUUAACGUAUGUCUGUAUAUAAAUCUGACUUUUAAAACUAUUUAUUUAUGCAAUGCAGCUACAUGAUUGGAUUUUUGUAAAAGUAUUACUUAUCAUCUAAACUAAAACUUUUGUUUAAAAAAUAAACCUGAGCAAAGGCUCGUGAAUUUUA